UCAAUACAACUGCAGACGAUUAACGAUACCAUGGGCAAGUUUCCCGGGAGUAACGAUGAUGAUGUGUCAUGAAGAAUGUGCACAGGAUUCGACCAUGACCGGGUCACAGCGGUGGAGAUGCUGCUGCGGUUGCUGCUGGAUUCUCAAUUGGGGUGAUCACACAAUUGAGCCAAGUGUGUGUAUUCUCAUCUCAUCCCAUCCCAAGGGUUGGUAGAAUUAGCUCGCAUUUGCCCAUGAAAUCUGAGCUGAAUUGGGAGGAUGGGGGACGUGAAGCGGAAGCGGCGGUUGCUGAGAGUGGAGGGGAUUUCGAUGGCAGAGCGAGGAGUGCCGAGAUUUGUACGAGAGGGCAGGAGUGUGGGCAGAGUGGAAGUCGAGUUUCGGAGGAAUUGUCGAGUUUUGAGUCCGGGGGAGGUCAAGUUGAUGCGGUCGGAGGGUGUGGCAGAGGUGACGGAGAUUCGGAGGGCAAGCGAGGUGAGUAUGUUCCACCGCCUGCGAUUGAGAGAUUGGAUGGAACAAACUCCCAGGAUUCCCACAACGAAGACGCUUCCGAUGGUGCAAUUGCUGCGUCGCUCGCCGAUCGUGAUGGUUACUCCGCGCCUGCGAACUUUCAUUUUGUGAGUGAAUCCAGAGAGGCAACCCUCCAGCGAGAAUUUGCGCAUCACGAGCCUGGAGUUGCACGUAUCAAUAAUGGGUCCUUCGGAAGUGCCCCGAAGUGCGUGCUGGACGAUCAAGCAGAAUGGAAAGCCCAAUGGCUACGACAUCCCGACGCCUUUUGCUGGGAUCCCCUCACGGAUGGUUUCUUGGCUGCCAGGAAAGGAUUGGCGGAAUUGAUCGGCUAUCCGGAUGUGGACGAGGUUGUGUUGCUGGAAAACGCUACCUCAGGCGCGGCGAUUGUGGCUCUGGAUUGCAUGUGGGGAUUCCUGGAGGGAAGGUUUCAACAGGGCGAUGCCAUUUUGAUGUUCGAUUCCGCCUAUGGCGCUGUGAAGAAGUGCUUCCAGGCCUACUGUGUACGCGCUGGCGCGCAUCUGCUCGAAUACAAAAUGCCUUUCCCGGUCGCAUCUAAUUCUGAAAUUAUUCGCACCUUCGAAGAGUUUCUUCAGAAGAAAAAGGCAGAGUAUCCAUCUCGCACGAUCCGACUCGUCAUCCUGGACCACAUAACUUCAAUGCCGUCCAUCAUUCUUCCCGUCCGAGAUCUUGUUUGUUUAUGUCGCAAUUACGGAGUGGAGAAGGUGUUUGUCGACGGGGCUCACGCAAUUGGCAGCGUGGAUGUAGAUGUCAAUGGCAUAAACGCAGAUUAUUACAUGGCUAAUGUCCACAAAUGGCUGUUUGCGCCCCCAGUGGUGGCAUUCUUCCAUGCUAAACCUCAGCUCCUUUCCCGGCUUCAUCAUCCUGUGGUCUCCCACAGCUAUGGGGCGGGGCUUCUCACCGAAACGUACUGGGUGGGGACUCGAGACUACAGCGCUCUUCUGGCGGUGCCGAAAGCAAUUCAGUUCAUGAAGGAUUUAUUUGGAGAUUUGAAAGCAUACGAGAAGAGCAACCAUGACAUGGCGGUGGAGAUGGGAGUGAUGCUCGCUAGGACGUGGGGGACAUCCUUGGGUGCACCUCCUGAGAUGUUUGCCUCUAUGGUCAUGGUUGGUCUUCCUGCACAAAUAAACAUCCAUUCUCACGAUGAUGCUCUGAGGAUGCGGUCACGCCUUCGAGAUGAGUUUCAUGUCGAAGUACCAUUGUUCUACGCAGGGGAAUCAGUGUCAUACAUGAACAGUUCCAAGCAUCUGGCCUACGCUCGAAUCUCUCACCAGGUUUACAACAAACUGGAAGAUUAUUAUGCAUUUAGAGACGCUGUGAACUCGAUAGUGGACGAAUGUACAUUGAGUGUGGGGCUUCGGAAUACACAUUUGGAUGCGGAGGAGGUGGUUGUUUAGGCCGUGGAAUGUUAAGAUCUGCAACUUAAGGCUAUGGUGUGCUGCAGUGAAGCAGACUAGCUACUCCUUUUUUAUUUACAUUGUAAAAUAUAUAAAAUAAUAAAAUUGUCUUACGAUCAUGAAACUGGGCAUUCUUUUGCUCAA